UGUGCCCGAAAACGCUGAUAUUUCAUCAGCAAAUAUACAGCGAAAUCGAGAAACGUGCGAAUAAAUACGCGCAGCAACUCCCUACAGAGGCAGAGCGGCUUUGGGAGAUUGAGAAAAGCUGUGAUUCGGUACUCAACAUUAUGGCUGCUCAGAUGCUAAGCCUAGCAUAUACGGGCAAUGGGAAGGACCAUGACGUGCUCCUCUUCCCAAAUAUACUCAGUUCAAAUGGGCACGCAGAUGGGUCUUCCGAAGUCGAUGAGAAGACGGCUGCGUCAAAGCUUGCAAAAGUGCCAGAAGAUAUGAUGCACACAUAUGCAUUUGCGGCAUAGGGCGUUUUCAAUUGGGCAACGUAACGUUAAGCUUUGUUACAGCGC